CAGCAGCAGCAGCAGCAACAGUCGCCUGCCGGCCCCUGCCAGCAACAACAUGUCCAUGGUUGGUGUUGGCGGCGUCAUGUCCACACCGCCGGAUGUUAUCCUGGAAGUGGGCCCGGCGCCAAACAGCGUCCGCUUCGUGGCGCACGCCCUAGUCCUGGGCAUGCACAGCGGCUACUUGCGCUCGGCCAUUCGCAUGGACGAGGCAACGGCAACGGCGGCAGCGGCUGCUGCGGCAGCGGCCACGGCCAAUGCCAAUACGGCAGCAACUGUUGCUGCUGCGGCGGCAGCAGCAGCGGCCGCUGUUGCCGCUGCCGCAGCAGGAGGCGAAUUGCUGCUCUACUUGAGCAACGUGACCGCCGAGCAGUUCGCCCCGCUGCUCACCUACAUGUACACGGGCUACUUGGAUCUCAACGUGGACAACAUAUUCGCCGUGCUGCUGGCCACGCACGUGCUGCACAUGCCGCGCGCCCUGGAGAUCUGUCGUUCGUUCUUGGCGCGCGCCCAAACGGAGGGCUAUCUGAGCGGCAGCCCGGCCAAUCCGCACCAGCUGCAGCUGGCUGCUGCCUCUGCCUCUGCUGCUGCUGCUGGCGGUGGCGCCUCCAAGAUCAUACGACCCAUUGCCAGCAAAGCGACUUUGCCGAACUUUGGAUUUCUGCCGGCGCCAGCAUUGCCACCGCCGCCGCCACCGCCGCCAGCGCCAACAAUUGCUGCCGCAGCCAGCUACAUGCAACAGCCGGUGGAGACGGAGCAAAUGCAGCUGCAGCUGCAGCCAGCCGAGCCCUUGACGCUGCAGCAGCCCGACGAGGAGGAGGAGGAGGAGGAUGUCGAGGUGUUCAUCGACAGCAACACGGCCACGGACAAUGAGCUCGACACGGAGGACUGCAACGUGUCAGUGGUGAGCAGCCUGGCCAGCAGCAGCGCGGCCAGCAGCCUGAACAUUGAGCGUGUCGAUACCAGAACAAAGCAGCCGACGCCAACGCCGACGUCGACGCACGCGUCACCACCGCCGCCACCAACAGCAGCGGCAGCAGAAGCAACAAUUGCUGUUACAACAGGCGCGCACAAGCAGCGACGCGGCAACAACAGCUCACGCAAAAGUCAAAGCAAACGCAGCAGCAACUGCAACAACAACAGCAGCAGCAGCAACAACAAUCGAUUGCCGGUAGCCAAGGCAAGUUUGCCUGCAUCGGUGCAGCUGGAGACAGCAACACAGGCAUCAAAGUUCAUCAUCGAUGUGGCCAGCUGUGAUGGGCCCGUGCGCUUCCGGCGCAUACUAAAUACGGCGUACGGCCACAAGCCGGACAGCAGCUUCGUGGCGGGCGAGCAGCAGCGUACGCAGCAGAGCGUCAGCUACUCGUUUCAUCAGCAAAUGGCGCGCGCCAUAAGCAGCCAGCAGCGACAGCAGCAGCAGGAGGAGAACGAGAACAGCAGCGAUGCAACAGCAGCAGCAGCAGCAGCAACAGCAACUGCCACAGCAACAGCAACGGCCACAACGACUGCUGCUGCCACUAAUCAGCGCAAGCAAGCGCAUGCAGAGCUCUUCGUCUGCGUCUACUGCAAACACACAUUCAAGUCGCAAUAUUGCUAUCAGAAGCACGCCAAGCGCCACUUGAAUCCGCUCAGCUUGGACAAGAAGCUGGCAGAGACGCCGGACAGCGGCAGCGAAUUGCUUUGCCUAACAGCAGCAACAACAACUGCGACGGCAGCAACAGCAGCAGCGGCAGCAACACCCACAGCUGCAGCUGCAGCGGCCACAGUUGCUGAUGGCAAUCUGGCUGCAGCAGCGCUGCUGCGCCGCGAGGUGCGCCCCUUGGAUAUGAAUGUGCAGUAUUAUCCGUGCAAGACGUGCGGCAGCAAGUUCCCGAGCUAUUAUUUUGUGCACAAGCAUCGCAAGCUGUGCCACGCCGAUGAGCUCGAGAACAACAACAGCAGCAGCAACAGCAACAAUAACAACAAUAAUAGCAGCAGCAACACCAACAACAACAACAACAAUUUGACUAGCAGCAAUAGCAACAGCAACAGCAGCAACAGCAACAGCAGCGGCAACACCAAACGUGAAGCAGCAACAGUUGCCGGCCCCUUGGAGGCAACGAACUAAUCUAAUCUAAACGCAUAUCGAUAAAAUAUCGAAUUUAGCACGCGCACACACACACACACGCACAUGCAAUUUUUU